AUGGCGACUUUUUGCCUCCGCGCCACCUCGAUUUUCUCUUCGCUCGCACUGCGGGCUGUACGUACACCCAGCGCCGCGCCGCUCGCGAAGCUCAAUGCCGCUUCUUCGCUCCGCGCCGCCGCCGCGCCUCUCUCCUUCUGCAUGGAGACCCGCGCGUUCGCCAGCGAAGCCCCCGAGAGACUCGCGAAUCUUUCUCUCGUCGCCCGCCCUGCGCCAGACUUCACCGCAGACGCCGCGAUGCCUGGAGGCGAGAUCGCGAAGCUGACGCUGUCUGAGCUGUGCGGCAACGGCUCCGGCGUCGUGUUGCUUUUUUAUCCUCUCGACUUCACUUUCGUCUGCCCUUCGGAGAUACUCGCCUUCAAUGCCGCGGUCGCGGACUUCGAGAAGCUCGGCUUCAAGGUCGUGGGCGUGUCGGUGGACAGCGUGUUCACGCACCAGGCUUGGAUGCGGGUUCCGCUAGCGGAGGGCGGGAUCGGGAAGCUGGAUUUCCCGCUGGUCUCUGACCUGGACAAGACGAUCUCGAGCCGAUACCACUCGCUGCUGAACAACUCGGUCGCCCUGCGCACGCUGGUGAUCAUCGACGGCGCGAAGAACGUCCGCCACAUGACGGUGAACGACCUCCCGCUUGGCCGCAAUGUCGAGGAGGCCCUCCGCGUCUGCGAGAUGAUUCGCGAAGUUGAAAAGAACGGCGGGAAGCAAGUUUGCCCUGCCAACUGGCGCCGCGGCGAAAAAAUGAUGGAGGCAUCCUUUCACGGCGUCAAGGACUACCUCGGCGGCCUCAGGGAAAAGAUCGAGAAACAAAUCUAG